AUGGGUGGUUGUCUCCUGCUAUACACGCGAUGGAGCUUUCACAGAUGCUUACCCAGGCGAUGUACAGCAACGAGUCGUAUCUCAAACAGCUUCCGCACUAAGGUAGAAUCUGUGUUCGAACUUCUCGAGUUGGAUGACGACAUACGACGUGAUAUAUUGCGGAUGGAAGACGUACAGCUUGCUGAUGUUGCUAAAUUCUGCAAUAACUACCCCUCUAUAGAGGUUGAACAUGAACUGGAAAGUGAUGCCGUUAAUGUUGGUGACUCUUUGCUUGUAAACGUAACCAUGGAACGAGAGAACCACGUCAACGGUUUAGCUCCGCCAGUAGUAGCACCUCUGUUUCCACAAAAAAGGAAAGAAGAAGGAUGGUGGCUUGUUGUUGGAGACCCAGCCGCUAAUGCUUUGUAUUCGAUAAAAAGACUAACUAUCAAUGAGAAAGCAAAAAUGCAGCUCGACUUCGUAGCACAGACGGCUGGUCGACAUGAGUAUAAACUUUACUUCAUCUGUGACUCAUACUUGGGAGCUGAUCAAGAGUUCGACUUCUCCGUGAAAGUCGAAGGUAUUCUCACCAUAGUCGAAGCAGAAAGCGGCGAAGAGAUGAUGAUUAAGAUCUCAAUGACUGUUAGCCACUCUCCUCUUGAGAAUCCGUUUGUUCACAAUACAGGUCGCUGUGUUCGGGAUGUACCAGUAUCUUAUAGUUUUGUUGAAAAAUGUUUCUGUACGUUCUAAGU